AACUCUGAAAUCUGAAAUCUGAAAAGUGUUACCCCAGAUCUUCGCGUCCUUGGCUCCAAAUCCCUUGCUGAAACUUUGGGGCCGAUGCCGGCUCCAGUGCUAAAGUCUUGGGCCAAUCACUUCGUGGCGGUUUUCAAUCAACGAAAUCAAUUUUCGGAGGCAUCAUUUUCUUGACUUUGAUACGUCUUGCACUUUCUGCGGGAUUGCAUCUUAGGUUACUGGGGUCAAUUGGCAAGCAUGAGGGCAGUUGAACUUGCCUGUCGCCGUGGGCCGGCUUUCAGCCGCCUCACAACAAGCCGUCUGUCGCAAAGUCGAUCAUUCGCCACGCCCGCUUUCGAUGCCUCGAACCCGAGAACACCCCCCUACCUCAAGCUGCUGAAGAACUUUGACAAGGUCAAGGAGGUCCUGGGGAAGGCCACCCCUCUGACCCUCGCCGAGAAGGUUGUGUACAGCCACUUGCACAAUGUCGAAGAGUCGCUCUUGACCAACACCGACGGUGGUCGCAAUGUGCGAGGCAACGCCAUCCUCAAGCUCAACCCCGACCGAGUCAACAUGCAAGACGCCUCGGCUCAAAUGGCCAUCCUGCAAUUCAUGGCCUGCAACUUGCCCUCGACGGCCAUACCGGCUAGCGUUCACUGCGACCACUUGAUUGUGGGCGAGCGUGGCGCCAAGGAGGAUUUGGAGGCUGGCAUCAACACGAACAAGGAGGUCUUUGAUUUCCUGGAGUCGGCAUCUAAGAAAUACGGUCUUGACUUCUGGCCACCUGGCGCUGGCAUCAUUCACCAGAGUGUUCUGGAGAACUACGCUGCCCCGGGUCAGAUGAUGCUGGGUACGGACAGCCAUUCGCCAAAUGCCGGAGGCCUGUGUACCGUCACCAUUGGUGUCGGUGGCGCCGAUGCUGUUGAGGCGCUGGUCGGUGCUCCUUGGGAGUUGAAGGCUCCUCGUGUUCUCGGUGUUGAGCUGAAGGGCAAGCUUAGCGGCUGGGCCUCGCCCAAGGACGUCAUUCUCAACCUCGCGGGCAAGCUUACUGUGAGAGGAGGCACUGGUUUCAUCAUCGAGUACUUUGGAUCAGGCGUCGAUACCCUCAGCUGCACCGGUAUGGCUACCAUUUGUAACAUGGGCGCCGAGGUUGGCGCUACAACGUCCAUCUUCCCCUUCAACUCAGCCCAUAUUCGAUAUCUGCAGGCGACGCACCGCCACGACAUCGCUGCUGAAGCUAAAAAGUACUCCGACAUUGUCCAACUAAAGGCCGACGAGGGCGCCAAGUACGACGAAGUUAUCACCAUCGAUCUCUCGUCUCUAGAGCCUCACAUCAACGGGCCCUUCACGCCUGAUCUAUCCACGCCCCUGUCUAAGUUCAAGGAAACUGUCCAGGAACAGGAGUGGCCCGAGAUCUUGUCGUCUGGUCUCAUUGGCAGCUGUACCAACAGUUCUUACGAGGAUAUGACUCGAGUUGAGGGUAUGGUACGAGAAGCCAUGGAGGCCGGUCUCAAGCCUGUAUCCAGUUUUUACAUCACACCCGGUAGCGACCAGAUUAGGGAAACACUGGCUCGAGAUGGUCCGUUGGAAACAUUCAAGCAGGCCGGCGGUACCGUUCUUUCAAAUGCUUGCGGUCCUUGUAUUGGCCAGUGGAAGCGCCAGGACAACCUUGAGAAAGGCACCAAGAACGCCAUUCUCACGUCGUACAACCGAAACUUCAAAGGCCGAAACGAUGGAAACCCCGGCACAAUGAACUUUUUGGCCUCUCCCGAGAUCGUCACUGCCAUGGCUUUCGCUGGUAGCACCACCUUCAACCCCAUGACCGAUUCGAUACCCACCCCGUCUGGCAAGGAGUUCCGUUUCACGCCUCCUGCGGGUCUGGAAAUUCCUUCGGAGCCUUUCGCCGCUGCCCGCCCCGAGUUCCGACCCCUUUCGCAAGCACCUGACUCUUCGGUCCCUGUCGCCGUUUCGCCUACAUCGGAACGUCUUGCACUACUGGACCCCUUCGACCCUUUCCCAACAUCCGAUCUGUCUGGUCUUCGAGUGCUUGUCAAGGUUACCGGAAAGUGCACAACUGACACCAUUUCAGCGGCUGGACCAUGGCUCAAGUACAAGGGUCAUUUACCCAACAUUAGCACCAACACCUUGAACACUGCCACCAAUGCCGAGACUGGUGAAGUCAACGCUGCAUACGACUUGGACGGGUCGAAGCACACGAUUCCCGAACUCGGUCAACGGUGGAAAGAAGCCAACCAGCCCUGGCUGGUUGUUGCCGAGCACAACUACGGAGAGGGUAGCGCUCGUGAGCACGCCGCUCUGCAACCUAGAUACCUUGGAGCCCGCAUUGUGCUUACUAAGAGCUUCGCACGUAUUCAUGAGACGAACUUGAAGAAGCAAGGUGUGGUGCCAUUGACAUUUGCGGAGGAGGCUGACUACGAUAAGAUCAGCGCCUGUGACGAAGUCUCUACCGAGGGUCUUUAUGAUAUGCUACAAAAUGGUGGUAAGGGAGAAGUAACAUUGGUGGUCAAGAAGCAGAAGGGCGGGGAGGAAGUCCGCAUCAGGACCAAGCAUGCGAUCAGUCAAGACCAGGCUGGAUUUAUUCUGGCUGGAAGCGCGCUGAAUCUGUUGAGUAAGACUUGAGAAUGAGCGGAGUUAUAGAUCCUACAACAUGUAUAUAUAUACCCUGUAAAAGCCAGUCAAUUGAUUCAAAUUCAACAAAUUGUGUUGUACG